AUGACGCUAUCAUUACCAAGAGGAAACUACGCACCAAUCCCUACAUUCUACGCUAAAGAUCAGAAUCAAUCUGUCGAUUUAUCAGCCACUGCGCAACAUGCACUCAACAUCGUCAAGGCGGGUGUAGCAGGUGUAGUAUGCCAAGGCAGUACUGCCGAAUGGGUCAGUUUGAAUGACGACGAGAAAAGCAGCAUCACGCAAGCCGUCAGGAAAAUUCUCAACGAUCAUGGUUUCACUCAUGUACCAGUGCUUGCAGGCAUAGGCGCACAAUCCACCAGACACGCCAUCCAGCUGGCCAAAUCGGCAGGCGAGAACGGCGCACAGUACGUGCUUUCACUCCCGCCCUCGUAUUUCGCAGCAAGUCUCACUCAAGCGGCGUUGGUUGAUUUCUAUAUUGAAGUGGCUACACACUCCCCAGUCCCCCUCCUCAUCUACUCCUUCCCGGGCGUGUCGAAUGGUGUGACGUUGAGCACUGACACUCUCAUUACCCUCGCCGCCCAUCCUAAGAUCGUCGGUAUCAAGCAGACAGACCAUGAUAUCGGUAAGAUGACUCGUUUGGCUGGUCUACAUUCACAGACGCAACAUGAAUAUGAUUUCGCCGUCUUUGCAGGCGCGUCUAACUACCUAGUGGCCGCCUUGUCCGUUGGUGCACACGGGUCUAUUACAGGCGCUGCCAAUUACGCUCCCGAGCUCGUGACGGCUGUACAGGAAGCAUACGAUGGCGGCGACACGCGACGCGCCGUUGAGCUGCAGAGGAAGCUGGCCGAGUUGGAAGACACGACAGCUACGGGUGGCAUCCCCGGCAUCAAGUUGGCCGCUUGUUGCAAAUACGCCUAUCACAACCCUCAACCGCGCCAUCCUGUGCCUUUGUGCAGCGACACUGUCCACAAGAGCAUCGUAGCCGCUAUGAAGGGUAUCUAG